UAGAUGCGGCUCAAAAAUCUUGGGCUUACAAGUGAAGAAGCACAAAGCCUUCCCGCUUCUGCUGUGAAUUCGAAGUAGGCGGAAUACAUCCCCAAAGCCAGUCCCAAUACAGCCAUUGUACGGUCAAGUACAGUGUUUGUUGACGUGAAUUUGUUCGCGACAUUUGCCGCUCAGUAGUGAACCCUUCUUAUUUCUGCGUUCCAGUUCCACAGGCAUGGCCCCCCAUGCCGAUGACAGCCUUGACGGUUCUGGCUACACGCCUUCCGCAAAAAGCAUCGCAGAGUUGAAAAGAAAGCUCCAUCUACAUCACGCAGCCUCUCUCCCUGGUGCGGCGUGGAUUACGGACUGCCCGCAGAUGAAUGACUCGCAGGCAGCGAAUCUCGAGUCCAAGACCCUUCAACUCUCGCUUGACGACCUCAAAGAGAUAGAGGAUGCAUACGCCUAUUUUGACGCUACCGGCCUUCCGCUCAACAAGCUCCAAGCCGAGCAUUUCCCCUUGCCCACACUCUCGAGAAAGCUUAGGCAACGGAGCAUAUUGCUAGCAGACAAGGAACCUUUCUUCAUCAUACGGGGGUUGAAGCCUCUCUGGUUUAGUAAGUGGAAGAAUGUGGUAAUAUACACUGGCAUAGCCAGUCAUGUUGGCUCUAAACGGGCAUGGGCUGUGGGCGACCCGAAUGUUCUUCACCAUGUUACAAAUCUUCAACCGCCAAAGGAGAAGGGGUGCGAAGCUUAUAGAGGCCCCGCAAAUAGGAACACUGCGCUGCCGUUUCACACCGAUUAUGGGUCAAUCCUCUCCUUUUACGUGCUUUCAAAAGCACAGACCGGGGGUGAUACCUACCUCGCAGAUAUACAUGACAUAGUAUCCGAGAUCUCCAAGGAUCGUCCAGAUAUCAUCGAAACACUGCGGCAGCCCAUUAUCAACAUAAAUGCAAAAGCGGAGGGCGCAUAUGAUGAGCGGCCCCUGCUCUUCACCUUAUCUUCUGGACAACUGGCAGUGCAGGCGUCCCGCUCGCGCCUCUUCGGAACACAAUGCCGACAUCGGCCAUCUUCUUUGCCACCACUUUCAAAUGCCCAAGUUGAGGCGAUUGACGCGCUUCACGCCGCGGGUCAAGCAGUGUCCCAGCGUAUCCCGUCGCGGAGCGGCGAUAUGAUCUUCUUCAAUAACUUGCGAAUGAUGCAUGCACGUGAUGCUUUUGUCGACGGAGAUGCUGAAGAAAACGAGACGUCUAGAUAUCUUCUCCGGCUGAUCUUGCACGAUGAACGGCCAGAUGCAAGGUGGGAGAUCCCACCGGCGCUUAAACCUACCUGGGAUGAGCUAUAUGCCCACGCCGACGAGGACGAGGUAUUUGCCAUACAUCCUGAGCUCUUCUCGUACAAAGCUGCCCACUGAGAUUGAUUUACGGGCAUUUAUAUACGUUUGGGACAAGUCAGACUGCACGUUUUGUGCGCGCGUUGGAAG